AUGAGGCUGUCGUCUCUUCGGCAGGCUGCAAAAAAACCUAGCAGCACCACAAGUUGUUGCAGCUCCUGCUCUCUGCAGGUGCAGCUGGCACGCUUAUGUCCCCGACUGGACAUGGACGCGCGACUCAGGCAAGCGCUGCUUGAAGCGAGCUGUCUGCCAUCAACCACUGAAGUUCAGACCAUCGGGAGGGAGGGAGGAAGGAAGGAAGGAGGCACUGAAGCAACAUGUGCUGUAGCACAAGCUCGCGCACAGGUUUCUACGAACAGUUACACUGGCAACGCGUUCCAUGAAGGCCAUACAUGGUGA